AUGUCAUUUACAUUGAAAGCUGAAUGUGAUAAGCAAUCGUUGAUCUAUAGGUCAGUAAGGAACAGCAGCGAUGACAGUAAUGGGAAGAAGGAGCCGCCUACCGCUGGCUCUGCCGCUGGAAGCAGCCGAGCGGGCGCCUUGGGGACGAACUCCCGAGACCUCCCAUGCCUGCGCCCCCUGCGCCCCGCGGACCCCGCCGCGGUUACUGCCCUGCCGCCCCGCACUCUUCGGGCACCGGGUAACGGGGUGUUCUCUCCUUUUUCUCUCUGGUCUCAAGAAGAGCAGGCUCACAGGGUGGCCGCAAGCUACAAGCCGUCCAAGUUCGACAAAAAAAUCCUCCUCUGGACCGGCCGCUUCAAGACGGAAGAUGAGAUUCCUCCGAGGAUCCCGCCGCAGAUGCUGGACAAGGCACGGAACAAAGCUCGAGUCAAGGCGUGCUACAUCAUGAUCGGCCUCUCCAUCGUCGCCUGCUUCGCCGUGAUCGCUUCGGCUAAGAAGGCCGCCGCGCGCCACGAGUCCCUGACCAGCUGGAACCUGGCCAAGAAGGCCAAGUGGCGGGAAGAGGCGGCGCUGGCAGCCCAGGCCAAGGGCAAGUAG